CACAACACAAUGACUACUUCCAGAUUCAUCAAGUGUGUGACAGUUGGUGAUGGUGCCGUGGGAAAGACGUGCAUGCUUAUAUCCUAUACAAGCAAUACAUUUCCCACAGAUUAUGUUCCAACAGUGUUUGACAAUUUCAGUGCUAAUGUAGUGGUGGAUGGCAACACUGUUAAUCUUGGUUUGUGGGAUACUGCAGGACAGGAAGAUUUCAACAGGCUAAGGCCUUUAAGCUACAGAGGAGCUGAUGUGUUUUUGUUGUGCUUUUCUCUCAUCAGUAAAGCCAGUUAUGAGAACAUUUCCAAAAAGUGGAUACCUGAGCUGAGACACUAUGCUCCAAAUGUACCUGUUGUGCUUGUGGGAACAAAACUAGAUUUGCGAGAUGACAAGCAAUUCUUGGUUGAUCAUCCGGGAGCCACACGAAUUACAACUUCUCAGGGAGAAGAACUUAAGAAAAUGAUUGGCGCAGUCACUUAUGUAGAGUGCAGUUCUAAAACACAGCAGAAUGUGAAGUCAGUUUUUGACACUGCAAUAAAGGUUGCAUUAAGACCACCAAAGCCUAAGAAGAAAGCACGCAAGAAAAGGACAUGCUUUUUCCUCUAAGUAUUUUCAGAU